UCCAUGCAAACCCAUCACCUCCACCUCUUCUUCUUUUUAACAACAUGCAUUCCCUUCCACACCCCCACAAUCUGCAUUCUACUGUCACAUUACACCACUUCAACAAAAUUAUUACUUACCAAACACAAAUACACAACAACAACAACAACAACAUGGCGUCUCAACAGUUGGCUCGAAGAGAAAACACCACCGCCGAGAGACGUGAGAAAGAAACGGUUCCAAAGAUGGCUACCCACUUUGAGAACCUUUCCGGGAAAGAGCCUCCGCAAGCGUUACAAGGUGGAAAUCAGGUCAAAGAGCGUGCAGGGAAAGCCACUGGGGAUGUUGGUGGACGUGGGAAAGUCAUAGAGACUCAGGGGUUGGGUGCACAGUUUGAGUCCCUCGCUGACAAAGUGAAGAUAAGUGACCAUGCAGCGAAUGUCGUUGGAAGCGAAGAGAGAGAAGGUCGUGGCGGUGUUCGUGAUGUUGGGAAGUUCGAAAUGAAAACUGAAGGUGGAGGAAGAGGGAACAAGGAUAGAGAAAAACUGGAAACACGAACCAGGGAGGUUAAAGGAAGAACACAAAGAGGAAGAAAAAAUGAAGGACAAGUAGUGGCAGAGAAAGGAAGAGGAUCAGAACUUGGUGCUAAUGCAACCGCGGCUAUAGCUAGCACUUUGGAACAAGGUGAUAGUAAUACUCGGAAACCAAGAGAAGAGAGUGAAAGUGAAAAAUCUACGUUGGAACAGGUUGAUUCCAAAGACCUGAAGAAGAGGUACGAGAAAGCGAAACAAGCAGCGAGCGAGACACUGAACAGUACAGUUCAAGUUGCAACACAAGCGAAGGACGCAGCGGUUGAGAAGGGUCAACAAGGCUGUGCUAUAACCAAAGACACCAUUUCAAGUGCCGCGAAAGCCGCUUCGGAAAAAACUGCGCCGGUGGCAGAGAAGGCCAAAGGGUACACAUUUCAAGUGGCGGAGAAGGCCAAGAGUGCGGGUGGCACGACAGCGAGUUACGUCGGGGAGAAAGCGGUUCAAGCGAAGGAUGUUGCCGUGGAAGGUGGGAAGACUGCGGCGGGGUAUGCUGCGAAGGUGGCUGGGGAUUUGAAGGACAGGGCGCCGGUGGUGGGGUGGGCGGCGGCACAAUUUUCGACGGAGAUGACGGUGGAGGGGACGAAGGCCGUGGCCCAUGUGGUUGAGGGGGCGGCGGGGUAUGCGGGGCAAAAGGCAGCUGAACUUGCUUCAAAGUCGGUAGGUGCUGUCAAAUGUUUGGCUGCUUCAGCUGGUGAAUCUGCUAAGGGAUACACUGCAAGGAAGAAAGAAGAGGCACAGAGGGAAUUGGAGGCCAAAAGAGCAUCCCAACCUCAGUUAGCUGAAGAGAGGCAAUCAGAAGGAAUGGGCGAAACUGUAAUCCAGAAUGCAGAAAAUGCAGAAAAGCCGAAGGAAGGUGGGGGAAGCGAUGUUGGGUCGAAGGUGAAGAAACCAUUUGAUGGAGGAGGGACCAAAGAAGAAGGAAAGGGUGUGACUGGUCAAACAUUGAAAAACACUGAUGAGAAGUUGGGUGAUGCCAACAUCACUGGUAACUGAUCGUGCCAAACACGAUGAAGGGUCACAGAGUGCUUGAGUUGAGCUGAGUCUACGUCAGCCAUUGUGUUUUAAGGUUUAGUUUUAUGCCAUACUUGGUUUCUGUAAUUUCCAUGUUUUGGGUUUGUUCUACGGGUUUUUGUCACUGUAUAAGAACUGUUUGUAAACAAUGCGUGUGGCUUCCUAAGCAUGCAGAAUAACGUGCUACAAAAAUACUAAAUUUGAGUUCUCCAAA